AUCUUUUGCAAACCCAGAACUAAAAUCUCUUCAUUUCUUUUCUCUUCUUGCAAAAUCUUUCUCAAGUUAAAUGGACGAAUCUUGGCGAAUCUGCAUGGGAAUGUCAACUACCCACCAUCUUCCUCGACGAAAAUCUAUGGAAAAUUCCAUAUUCUCAAUGAACCAUGUCACCAUGGAGAUGCCUGAUCACAAUCUCGAUGUAGAUGGCUUCUCUGACGUCUUCGGCGGCCCACCACGGAGUGUUCUUUGCCGGAAGUUGUCCGGCGACUUAACCCGGUCGACAUCCUUUUACGAAGAUGUUUUCCUCCAACAGGAUUUCAUUUCAUCUCGUUCAAUGAAGGACGGCCGGAGUCUACCAGCGUUUAAGAUUCCUGCAAGAGAGGAAGGGUUCUACAAUGACGUUUUUGGGACGGUUGAUGAUCACUGGCGGUGGAGGGAGAGGUCAAGGUCGAAUUCGAAGGCGAAGUCAAACUCAUCGUCGGUGUUGAGUUCGGAGGAGCUGAGCCCUCUCCGGCCGGUGGUAGGAGAUGAUGUUGGCUUUUCUUCUUUUGCUUCAAAGCUCAGGCCAAUUAAUGUUCCAUGCAGAUGGAACUCAACAACAAUGGCGGCAGAUGAGAAAGCUUCAAGGCAACAAUGGAUGCCAUCAUUUCCAAGCAGCCGUUCUUCCUAUAACGAAAAUCUUUACGUGGAAAACGAAUACAAAAACUUGAUGAGAAGCUCAUCAAAUAAUUAUGGAUUCAGUCGUCGUGCAACUUCCCCAGAAAUCAUAAGCUUGGAUCCCCAUUCUUUUAGAAGUGUCAAAAUAUCAUCCGAUGAUUUUGAGUUCAAUUCCCCUUCCUCCCCCGCUUCUUCACUUUGUCAUGAACCAGUCAGAGCGCCUAGUGAUUCAAUUCAUCAAGAAGGAGAAGAAGAAGAAGAAGAAGAAGAUGAUGAUGAGGUUACGAGUUCUUAUGUUAUUGAGAUCAAUUCUGAUCUUAGAGAGAGUAGUGGUGAAGCAGUUUCGAUCGAUGAAGCGAUUGCUUGGGCGAAGGAAAGAUACAAUACUCAAACUACUUCUGAGAAAACCCAGUCAAUUGAAACAGAAGGAAGGUCUGCUUCACCUGAAUCAUUUGACCUUCAAAUGGAUGGCCAUGGAACAAUGCAAUCUCCAAAGGAAGACGAAGAAACGAAAUCAGAAGCAAAAGGAGAAAAAGAGAGAUCAGAAGAACAUAUUAAAAUGGAUAUUUUGGAUGAUGAUGUAAAGCUUUGGUCAUCCGGGAAAGAAAAUAACAUCCAAUUGCUCCUUUCAACACUUGAUCAAAUACUAUGGCCAAGUAGCGGUUGGAACAUGAUCCCAUUAACAAGUCUUAAAGAAAGCUCACAAGUGAAAAAAGCUUACCAGAAAGCUAGGUUAUGUCUUCACCCAGACAAAUUGCAACAAAGAGGUGCAACCCUUUCACAAAAAUACGUUUCAGAGAAGGCCUUCGCCAUCCUCCAGGAUGCAUGGGCUGCUUUCAUCUCCCAAGAUGUCUUCUUCAACUAGUCCAAAACGCGGGGGAUUUCGGAACCUUUUUGGGAAGCUUGGAACAAACAAAGAGUCCCUGGAUUCAUAAGAUUGAGGGGUCUGUUUAAAGGGCUGAUAACCUUGGGAAUGUGCAAGAAAUAUCUAAUGUGGUUGGAACUGAAAUUAAAUCAUAUAUGUACAUGCAAGACUUUUGUAUGUUUGUUUGAUGCCUACAUUUUACCUUUCUAAUUCAUGCAGCACGACA